UAUUUUCACACCGCGGCAUCGUUAGUCCAGACACCGCGCACCAACAAUAACAACAGCAGUGGCAACAACAACCACUGCAUAUAAAUGCCAUACUCACACAAACACACACAUUAACAAAGUGGGCGUCGCUGAGUGCUCACGCAGAGCACACACCAGUUGUCUCGCUCUAUUCAAGACUCAUAGCGCUUGCGGCGAGCGAGAUGGCAUGUGCGCAAAAUGCCAUUUUGUUUGCGCUUCUGCUGCGCCGCAGUUGCUGUCGCGACUGCAACAACGACGAGCAAACGGCAGCAGAAGGCAGCAGACAACCAGUUUGUUUUCUCCCUUCCAAUUGAGCGGCAGCGGCGGUUUCUCCGCAUCGCCUUACGCUCGCGUAUUCGUAUUCGUAUUCGCCUUCUCGGUCCCAGUCGAAGUGAGCGAUCGCAGCAAGUGCAGUUCAUUUUCAGUGUAUAUGCGUUGGCAAUUAAAAUAUAAUCCGCCAUCGGCAAUCGCCUUUGUCGCCGCCACCGCCGCCGCCUCCGUUGCGCUCGAUGCACUUGCACCUUCACUUUAAGCUUUCGUGAUGCUGCGUAUGUAACGUAAACUAAUGUGAAUGUGAGCAUCGGUCGUCACAGUCAAAGUCGCCAUCGCCGUCGCCAUCGCCGCCGUUGUUGUCAUCGCCGCCGCCACCUUCGCCGCGCUGCCAACUCGCAAGAAUUUAUGGAAUUUGGCAUUUGUGGAUUUAGCGAAAAUAUUUUCAUUGAGUGCGCGAGCAAAUGUUUUUGUGUACGCUUCGCUUUCGGAUCUUGCUACGGCACUGAGUUAUCCCCCUUCUCCCCCUAAACGUAGCAAUAAUAAAAAAGCAGCGUUAAAAUUUUAAAAAUUCACGUGAAAAUUCCGGCGCUUAUAAAUUUAAUUACUAUUUAAAUUAACUGCAAGCGAAACGCAAAUCGCGUGUCUUUACGACGGCAUUAAACCGUCACUGUCACUUCAAAUCUACCCAUAUGUGAAUAAAAACGAAGCAAAGUGUUUUUUGCCUCCAUAUAUACGAGCAUACAAUAUACAUAAAUAUAUAAAUACCUGCUUAUUGUUCAAGUGAAUAAAUCAAAACAAAACACACAGUAAAUUGCAAUAAUUGGAUUAUGAAUUUAAUGAACUCUAAAUGGGAUUGCAAUUAUUCAACGGAAACUCAAGCAAGGGAGUGGCCAAAUAAUAAUGGAUGCUAGGAAAACGGCAACAAAACAAGUACAAUAACAAUAGUAGCUACAAACAAUAACAACAACAACAACGACUAACUGCAGUCAACAAUGUGGAAAUGAUAAUUGCAAUUGCCUGCGCAUAGAAGCAAAGCAAAGCAAAGCGGGUGAAGAAAGUUGAAGAGCAGCAAACAAAACAGAAAAAAAGCCAAGGAAAAUUCAAAGAAAGAAGUUUGCGGAGCAAACAAAAGAAAAACGCUUGCACAAAAAACGGAAGCCUAGCGAAACAAGUUAAAAAGAAAAGCAAACAAUAACAGCUUCAACUACAACAUCAACACAACAUCAACAUCGAAAAAAAUAGAGACGAAAAGUAAUUAAAGCUCUUGAUACAAACGCGAUGGUGUUUUACAAUAUGUAAAUAUAAUUAGCCGAGCGGAGUUUUCAUUCCUGGAAUUCGCCUUCGCCAUUGCCAAGUGACUGCGGCAAAUACAAAAAAGAAAAUACAAAUACAACAGUAACAACAAAACGCAACACGCCAACAGCAACUUCAGACUUCAGUUUGAGCCGGUUUUAUAAUUACUCCACUCCACUCCACUUGGAUUCAGCUGCACCUCAUCCCAUCCCACUGCCCCUUCACUUCACCUCACCUCACUUCACUUCAGUGGCCCAAAGCUCAGCCCCGAGGCUGAGGCCUAGGAGGAGGCGCAGGCGCGGCCAUUGCAACUGCAACUUGCAACUGGCAACCGCUGCAAAGUGCUGUAAACGAUUCCAAAAGCAGCAAUUGCAACAACUACAACAACCCAAGUGAACAGCCAACGGCAAUUGGAAUAGCAAUUGCUUCGGAUUGUGCUGAAGGCGCUGCAAUUUCCAUCAGCGAUCAUUGUGCAAAAUUUUGUGGAAAAGCUGACGAGAAAAACUGUGAUUACUGUGCAACUUAAUACAUAAAUACUUAGUUUGUGUUUGUGCAACUCUGUGUGUGUGUGCGUGCGUGGCUUAGUGUAUCUGUGCUUUAAACGACACACUUUGCGAACUGAGUGCAACUGCAACUUGCAACUGCAACUGCAACUGCGACGAUGGCAGUGUCCUGCCCAGAAGUUAUGUACGGUGCCUAUUAUCCAUAUCUGUAUGGGCGCGCAGGACCAAGUCGUUCAUUUUAUCAAUAUGAGAGGUUCAACCAGGAUCUGUACUCGUCCUCGGGCGUGCAGCUGGCCGCCUCAUCGAGCGCCUCCGGCAGCUCCCACUCCCCCUGCAGCCCCAUCCUGCCGCCCUCGGUGAGCGCCAAUGCUGCCGCCGCCGCCGUUGCUGCCGCUCACAACUCUGCGGCAGCUGCCGUUGCCGCGGUUGCGAAUCAAGCCUCCACCUCUGGCCUCCAACUGGGCGCUGUUGGCGUUGGCGGUGUUGGCGUCGGCAGUGGCCCGGCCAGCGGAUUGCUGGGCAGCCAAGUGCCUGGUGGCAGCAGUGCGGCUAGCGGAGGUCUGGGCAUGAGCCCAGUGCUGAGCGGGGCAGGCGUUGGAGCCGGACAUGGCAUCCACAGUCGGACGCAUCAAACCAAAGAAGAGGAUCUCAUCGUGCCGCGCAGCGAAGCUGAAGCGCGCCUGGUGGGCUCCCAACAGCAUCAUCACAACGAAUCAUCCUGCUCCUCCGGUCCGGACUCACCGCGUCAUCCGCACUCCCACCCGCAUUCGCUACAUGGCACAGCUGGUGCGCCCUCAGCGGGCGUCUCCUCAGCCACUGGCGCUAUGUCCAAGGAGCUGCCACUGGACACCAGCAGCAGCAGUGGCGGUGGAGGCGGAGGUGGCGGUGGCAUCGGUGUCGGUGGCGCCAGCAAUCAAGGACAUGCACAGUAUCUAUCGGCCACCUGCGUUGUAUUCACCAAUUAUUCGGGAGACACGGCCAGCGUGGUCGACGAGCAUUUCUCCCGAGCGUUAAACUACAGCAACAAGGAUACAAAAGAUAGCAGCAGCCCGAUGUCGAGUCGCAACUUCCCACCAUCGUUCUGGAACAGCAAUUACGUGCAUCCCAUACCCGCCCCCACACAUCCACAGGUUAGCGACUUGUACGGCACAGCGACGGACACCGGCUACGCCACCGAUCCCUGGGUGCCUCACGCAGCGGCAGCUCACUAUGGUUCCUACGCACACGCGGCGCAUGCGCAUGCGGCCCACGCGCAUGCCUACCACCACAACAUGGCCCAAUACGGCAGCCUGCUGCGUCUGCCGCAGCAGUACAGCCACGGUUCCAGACUCCAUCAUGACCAGCAGACAGCCCAUGCCCUGGAGAGUGCGGCGGCCUACUCGAGUUACCCGACAAUGGCAGGACUGGAAGCUCAAGUGCAGGAAUCGUCAAAGGAUCUGUACUGGUUCUAGGAGUGCUCGACCAGCAGCUCUCCUCUCGUGUUAUCCCACAACGCCGGCUGGGCCAGCUGGAGCGGGGGGAAUUUUCGUUGAAGUUGUACUAUAGCACACACUAUGUGAAAGGAAAAGCGACACUCAAAGCAGCAAAAAAAUAAACAAAUAAAUCACAACCAAGCAAACAGGAAGCAACAACAAGCAAGAUGAAGCCCAACAAUAAACGCUAACUUUAAGUAAAAUUUAAAUAAAUGUGCAAAAAUAGCAAUGGAAGAACCCCAAGAAAAUCCUCUGGAAAAGGAAGGAGAAUCAACACACACAAACACACACAUUUUGAGAAUGUUGCAGAGAAUUGAGAGAAAUUUGUUUGUAAUUAAAGUGAGUCUGUGAGGUUUAAAUUUAAACUUAAAUUUAUAUAUACAUACAUCUAUAUAUAUAUAUAUAUAUAUAUAUAUAUACUUUUACUCUUAAAUAUUGUAAACAAUUCGCGUAUUAAACAAUUGUGUAAUUUUUUGUAUUGUAAACCCCAUAAGUUUAGCAUCCCAUAUCAGCAAGUUAUAGACACGCCUACAUAUAUAUAAAUAACAAGAAUUACUAUAUACUA